GGUGCAUGUGUGGUUACCCCAGUUCCUCCAUUUGUACUUGGCAGAUCAUACUAAAAACUUUCAUCGAUGGCAUUGGCUUAACAUAAUCAUUUUAUUUGAAAUAAAAAAUGAAAAAUUAUGUGGCAUGUUUGUAAAUCUUUCAAAAUAAUCAUCGUCAUAAUAAUGGAAUGCAACUUUAGCAUAGCACCUGGAAGUGCAACAUUGUGUUCAUGGUGAUGGGGUCCACCCACCCAAGCCUUCACCUCUGCCAUCCAACCCCAGACAUCUUCACCUGGAACUCUCUCCUCCGCUCCCACCCCAACCCCAUCUCCCUCUACCCUCGCAUCCUCCGCCAUUGCACUCGCCCCGACUCCUUCACCUUCCCCCUCCUACUCUCCUCCCUCUCCCUAACCUCUCCCCAUCUUCUCCCCUCCCUCCUCCCCCAACUCCACUCCCACAUCCUCCACCAUGGCCUCUUCCACCAUCCCCACGUCCUCUCCUCUCUCAUUUCCUCCUACUCCUCCCUCCCCUCUCACCUCCCCCUCUUUCUCUCCCUCCCUCUCCCCCUCCACGACCUCCCCACCUCCAACUCCCUCCUCUCCUCCCUCCUACGCGCCCGCCACCUCCUCCUUGCCCGCAACCUGUUCCACCAAAUGCCCCGCCGAAACGUCAUCUCCUGGUCCUCCAUCAUCCACGGCCAUGCCAAUCUCGGCCAUCCCCUCGUCGCCCUCUCUCUGUUUAACGACAUGCUCGCCGAUCCCCGUGCCCCUUCUCCAAACCAUUUCACCCUCUCCUCCGUUCUCGCCGCCUGCGCUCGCUUAGGCGCCCUCCACCACGGCCUUUGGGCGCACGCGUUCAUCUCCCGUUGCGGCCUCGCCAUCAACGCCAUCCUCGCGACCUCCCUCAUCGACAUGUACGCCAAAUGUGGCCACCUCCAACGCGCGCGCAAGGUGUUCGACGAUUUGCCCCAUCAACUUCGCGACGCCACUGCAUGGACUGCUAUGAUAUCAGGUCUCGCCGUGCACGGUCUUGCCGAAGAUGCCCUCUCCAUGUUUCGCGACAUGGUACGAAGCCCCAGCUUGAAACCAAAUUCCGUCACAUUGCUCGCCGUUCUCCAGGCAUGCGUCCAUGGCGGGCGGGUCCAAGAGGGCGAGCAGUAUUUCGCCGCGAUGAGCCCAGAUUUCGGCAUCGCUCCAUCGAUUGAACACUUCGGGUGCAUGAUUGACCUCUACGCUCGCGUCGGGUUGAUCGGCCGCGCGUUGUCGACAGUACAAUCGAUGCCGAUGCGUCCCGAUGCGCUCAUCUGGGGAGCUCUGCUUGGGGGUUCGAAAACCCAUGGCGAUAUUCUAGCAUGUGAAGCUGCCAUCAAAGGGCUUAUCGAGAUCGAACCGGGGAAUAGCGCCGCGUACCUGCUGCUCUCCAAUGUGUACGCCAAGAUGGGUAGGUGGGAGGAGGUUUACUCAACUAGGAGGCUCAUGGAACGCAAUGGUGUGAAGAAAACGCCUGGAUGCAGCUCCAUUGAGGUCGAUGGUCGGAUCCAUGAGUUCUUCUCCGGUUACGUUUCGGAUCCGGAGGAUGAAGCGUUGUGUCUGAUGGUGGAGGAGAUGAUGGGGAGGCUGAGGGGUGUGGGAACCAGGGAGGUGUUGUUGGAUUUGGAAGGGGGAGGAGGAAGGGAAGGAGAUGGCGCUAUCGGUGCACGGCGAGAAGCUGGCGGUGGCUUUCGGUCUGAUGAAGACGAAACAGGGGACGGAGAUUAUAGUGGUGAAGAACCUGAGGAUCUGUGUGGACUGUCAUGAGGCGAUCAGACUGGUUUCGAGGGUUUACAAAAGAUUUUUCUGCGAGGGAUUGUAAUCGUCUUCAUCAGUUCAGGGAUCCCAUGGCAGCCCUGGCCGCACAGAUGUUGUGAAUACAAAUUUUACA